AUGAAAUCUAUUAGCUUUAUUCUUUUCACUUUCUUACUUUUUGUUGCUCCAAUUUUAGGUAAAAUACAAAAUGUUUACUUAUAUGUUAGAUCUCAAAACCAAACUGUCAACGGGAAUGGAUUGUAUUCUGUUAAAGAAAGACCAGGUAUUAAUUACUUUUUCUUAGGUCCUCCCAAUCAUGCCCAAAAAUUGAUUUAUGACGAUCAGAACUAUUAUAUUUAUCAACAAGUUGAUCCACACACAAGAUAUUAUUUUGGCAUUCAAAGAAAUAUCUUACAGUUGUCCAAAGGUAACCCUCAAAGAGUUGUCAUGAGAAGAAAUGGUGAAUUGAAUUUCAGAGGUGAUGAUAAAUUGUAUGCCGUUAAAAAUAUUGGUGAUCCAAUAAACUAUUCUAAGGAUCAUUAUGCUGUUAAAUAUUAUGCUAAUAAGAAUAAUGUCCCCAAGCACGCGCCGAAAGUAACUGUUUAUGCUAAGAAGGCGUGA